CCACCACCACCAUCACGUAAAGAAACUCCUCCCCCUAUACCCUCCCCAAAGUCUCGACCUUUCUCAAAACGAUGGAGUGGAUCCGUGGACCGACCGUCGGCCGCGGCUCCUCCGCCGCCGUCUCCCUCGCCACCGCCGUCCCCUCCGGCGAGCUCUUCGCCGUCAAGUCGGCCGAGCUCUCUCGGUCGGCACCCUUGCGGAGGGAGCGGCUUGUCCUGUCCGAGCUCGCUUCCCCUCACAUCGUCAAGUACAUGGGCCACGACGUCACUCGGGAAAGCGGCGAGGUUUACUACAAUCUGUGGACGGAGUACUUGCCCGCGGGCACGCUGUCCGACGAGAUCCGGCGCCGCGGGGGCCGCUUGGAUGAGCCCGAGAUUCGAUCGCACGCGAGGAAGAUCUUGCGGGGCUUGGCGUAUCUUCACGAGAACGGGGUGGUUCACGGCGAUGUCAAGAGCCAGAAUUUGUUGAUGGGUAGCGAUGGCCUGAAGAUUGCGGACUUGGGUUGCGCCAGAUUCGUCGAAACGCGACCGUCCAGCCGCAUGCUCUCUGCAUCUCACCCGUUCUCUGGAGUGGACUCGCGAGAGACUCGCAAUGCGUGUGGAGAGAAUGCCGUGCUGCCGGAGCACACGAUGGUUUCCUCCGACGUCUUCUCGGGUACGCCGAUGUUUAUGGCGCCGGAAGUGGCUCGCAACGAAGAGCAGAGUUUCCCGUCGGACGUGUGGAGCGUCGGUUGUACCUUCAUCGAGAUGGCCACUGGGAAAGGCCCGUGGGCCGAGUCGGACCCGGUGUCGGUUCUCUACCGGAUCGGGUUCUCGAGCGACGCGCCGGAGAUCCCGCGGCGGCUGUCGGACAGCGGGAGGGACUUUCUGGCCAAGUGCUUGAUGAGAGACCCGAGAGAGAGGUGGACAGUGAAAGAGUUGCUCGAACACCCAUUUCUUGAUAUAUCUGAGGAGGAGUUCACCAGGAAUUCACCAAGUGGGGUGCUGGAUUCGGGGUUCUGGGAUUCGGUGGACGUGUGGGAGAGCCCGAGAAACCGAAAUGGUUCCGGCGUUGUCGAUCCGUGCUCGUGUUCUUCGACUCCCGCGACGGAGAGGAUACAGAGGCUGAUAGAUGACUGCGAGUCUUCUUCAGCUAAUUGGAGUUUACCUGACGGGGCAUCGGACGAAGAAGAGUGGAUCACAGUGAGAAGUGAUGACCAUCAUAAGGAGGAAGCCGGAGAAAUCUCGCGACCAGCUGACCAUGCUCCUCCUCCCUUCGCCGAUUCGAUCAGCGACGAGGAUGAGUUGCAGAGCGCUCUGGGCGAUGACGAUUCUCAUUUUUCUCUUCAUAAUCGCGCUAUUGUCGGCGGUGUAAUUUUUAAAGAAGAUUCAUUUGUGGACUUUGAAGAUGAUUUCAGGGACAACAACAAUGUACUAAGCGACCUCGCUUAUGAGGAAGAGAAUGAAAUUACUGAUUCGGUUGAAUUGCAAGUUCUUCAUCUUAAUUUGAAAGCUUUGCUUACUUCCCUGCGUGUUUUUUUUUCCCUACAAAGAAUAUUUGUCUGAGAGUUUCUUUUUAGGUGUGUG